CGGGAGCCCCAGCGAAACCGGCGGGUCUGGCCGCCCCGCCCGCCGCGGUCAGCUGAUGGGCCGCCCUCCCCGAGGCCGCCGCCGCCGCCGCGCGAACAUGGCGGCCGAGAUCCACUCCAGGCCGCAGAGCAGCCGCCCGGUGCUGCUGAGCAAGAUCGAGGGGCACCAGGACGCCGUCACCGCCGCGCUGCUCAUCCCCAAGGAGGACGGCGUGAUCACCGCCAGCGAGGACAGAACCAUCCGAGUAUGGCUGAAGAGAGACAGCGGCCAGUACUGGCCCAGCAUUUACCACACAAUGGCCUCUCCUUGCUCGGCUAUGACUUACCAUCAUGAUAGCAGGCGGAUAUUUGUGGGCCAGGAUAACGGAGCCGUCAUGGAAUUUCAUGUUUCUGAAGAUUUUAAUAAAAUGAACUUUAUCAGGACUUACCCAGCUCAUCAGAACCGGGUGUCUGCGAUUAUCUUCAGCUUGGCCACGGAGUGGGUGGUCAGCACCGGUCACGACAAGUGUGUCAGCUGGAUGUGCACCCGCACCGGGGACAUGCUCGGGAGGCACCUCUUCCCCUCCUGGGCUUCGUGUUUGCAAUACGAUUUUGAUACCCAGUAUGCUUUUGUUGGCGAUUAUUCUGGACAGAUCACCCUGCUGAAGCUGGAACAGGACACCUGCUCAGUUAUCACAACCCUCAAAGGACAUGAAGGUAGUAUCGCCUGCCUCUGGUGGGACCCCAUCCAGCGGUUACUCUUCUCUGGAGCCUCUGACAACAGCAUCAUCAUGUGGGACAUCGGAGGAAGGAAGGGCCGCACGCUCCUGCUCCAGGGCCACCAUGACCGGGUGCAGGCGCUGUGCUACCUUCAGCUCACGAGGCAGCUCGUCUCCUGUUCCUCGGACGGCGGGAUUGCUGUGUGGAACAUGGACGUUAGCAGAGAAGAGGCUCCUCAGUGGUUAGAAAGUGAUUCUUGCCAGAAAUGUGAGCAGCCCUUUUUCUGGAACAUAAAGCAGAUGUGGGACACAAAGACACUGGGGUUGAGACAGCACCACUGCAGGAAGUGCGGGCAGGCCGUCUGUGGGAAGUGCAGCAGCAAGCGCUCAAGCUACCCCGUCAUGGGCUUCGAGUUCCAGGUCCGCAUGUGUGACUCCUGCUAUGACUCCAUCAAGGAUGAGGAUCGGACUUCUCUAGCAACCUUUCAUGAAGGAAAACAUAACAUCUCCCACAUGUCCAUGGAUGUUGCCAGGGGACUGAUGGUGACCUGUGGGACCGAUCGCAUUGUAAAGAUAUGGGACAUGACGCCCGUGGUGGGCUGCAGCCUGGCGACCGGCUUCUCUCCACACUGACCCGGGAGCCGCGAGGUCUGCACCUUCCCAGCGGCAGCCGGUACAAGCGCCACCCUUCCCUGUGGCACCACAGUCACCGUCACGUGGACAAACAGGAGCCACUUAAACACAGAUCAACACUUUUCAAAGGAAAAAAAAUGUAAAGAUGUGUUUUGGGGCAUUUGUGGACCUACCUGUGGUUCCCGAAGAAUGGAAUCCCUCCAGCAAAGCUUCCUCACAAACAGUGAGCUGAUGUGGACAAGAUUGAUCUAGCAAAUAGAGUUUUAGAGAAAAAAAUAUUGAACUAAAGAGUUGAUGCCUAAAAUGUUCUUAUAACAACUGUGAGUACACGCACACAUUCCCCUGGACCUGCUGGGCCUCCGAGCCCUGUGGCUGCUGUGGGAGCAGGAGUCAGGCGGGCACCUGCUUUACACUUAGUUAUUGACACUCAUUAGAGACAUCUGUUCUCUUCAGUGCCAUCUGCACCUAGUAUUUGGCUCACUUCACUUGUUUGUCCUGCGGGCAGUAAGCCAUGGGCGAACCUCAUGGUGGUUGUGAGUGAAUUCCUCUAUUAACCAAGCAGUCCAAGUUCUUCCUUCCCCUCACACAUGCUCUGAGGACAAAAUGCUUUUGUGUUGCCACUACCAUGGGAGUCACACAGCUGCCUGACUGUUUGUCAUUGCAGUUAGUAAUGACUGAUGGAAAACCCAGCUACCAGCCUGUGUGCGGUGGGAAUGAUCAUUCUGUUCCAUGGAACAGCCCAGUCCUCCUAAGAGACACUUUCUAUUUCUAGUUCAGGGUGAGCCCCAUGAUAUUGUGGCAGUUAAUAUACACCUCAGACAAGAACUCCAAAGCUUUUUAAACAAUGUUGACUUGUAGUCAUUGUAACUAAUAUUAAUUAUAUUAGUUACAUAACAACUUGCAAAAUCUGUUGUAUCAAAUGGUGUUUGAAAGGGUUUUGGCCACUUAGUACCAGAAGGGGGAAGAGGUAGGAGAAGGGGCACCUGCUUUUAGUAUUCAGAUAUUUAUUGUUUGUUUUUAACAAUAAUACAUGCAUCUAUCACUUUAUGGCUAUGGAAGUGAAUGGAGAGAGGCCUACAUUUUUUAAGGAUAAAUUUAAAAAUAGCAACAAUAUUUUUGUUAGUCUGACUGAUGGAUAUUGAUAGAGGCUCACUACUGUGUUACUCUGUCGGGUUUGUAUGAAGACGACGUUAUUCUACCCGAUACAAGUAAGGGACUCACCCUGUGUCUAACAGCAGCUCAGAGGAACUGUAACAUUUGACAGGCAGUUAAACUGAAAUGCCAAAUGGCGAAGGGACACACAUGCUGCGGGAAAGGGAUGGGGUCAGGCACACCCUGUUUUAGAAUGAUCUGCGGAGAAAGUUGACUUGCCUCAGAAAUAAGACCGAAGGGUGUGUUGCUCCUUGUAAUUUUUGUAUUAUAUCACCUGAAAAAGUUGUUUUCUCUAAAAACUUUCCCUAGGCUUUCUGCAAAAUGUACAUUACUAAUAUAAUCUGGAAGGAAAAUCGAGUGAUGCUAACUUCUAAAUGGCAUCAUUGACUGUUGACUUGUGUUCAGUUAGGGUUCAGCCCCACAAAGGUGCUAUCCUGGGGAUUUUAUGAAGUCCUGAAAGGAAAAUAGAAUGUGAUCAAUUCUUUUCCACAAUGAAGAGCACUGAACUGUGGUUCCAUUUUUCUUUAUUCUGUAAAAUGUGACUUUAAAUGUCUGUGGUAGACUGAGUAGAACAUCACAGCUGCUAAGAAUAUGCCAUAGCUUUCAAACUUCUUUUUAUUUUAUAAAAACUUUUUAAUGAAGAACCCCAAUGCUCCAUAGAGACUAAGAUUGUGAUAGUGCCUCCCAAGGGGUUAAGCUAAUAAUAUAAAUCAAGGAGGAAAUGCAUAUUUAAGAAAGAAUUAGAGUGUGGUAUCGGGAAAGGAAAGGAGAUGUUUCCGUGUUGUCUUCUCUCCGUCUGAGCCUGUUACCAUUUUUCUGUAUGAAAACACACGUGGCAGCCUUGUCUUGCCUCUGUCACAAACUAAGCAGCAAAUGAGGGCAUAUUUUCUAUAGAGGUGGGCAAAAAUUAUUUUCUCAAUUUUACUGACUUGGGCACAUAAAGAUAGUACAGCUAGGCGUAUAGUUAUUGCCUUACUUUACUGUGUUCCUCUUAAACGGGUCACUUUAGAUAGUUCUUCAAGUAACGUUUACUGGUUUUUCCAUUCCUGGGAUACUCACGCUCAUUUGUACAAACAGGGGUUAAGAAAUAUAGAAUGUUAGAGAAGAUCCUUAUGCUUAGCCCUAGUAUGUAUAGGACAUGAAAAUGCCGAUUCUUUUUUAAACAUGUUUUUAAGUUGCCCUUUAUUAGUGCAGGUGAUGGAGAUAUCUCUAUAGCAAUAGGUGGAAACAUUAUUCAUUUCAUUGUAAAUCUCUGUUUGCUAUGUCCUAGUCCUGUCCUGCUCCUGGUGGAUAUAAACAAACAUAUUGGUCUAGACGGUGUCACUUUGUCCUCUCUGUACAGAAUUCAGUUUGUUCAUGUCCACAUUUUUAAGUUGAAACUGGCCCAAGUAUGUAAUAAACUCGAUAGUGGCUCACACCCAAGGAACUAUUUUCUAAGAUCAGUUUUUUUAAAAAUUAGUUUCUACUUCCAUUACUGGAUCUGAUAUCUCUUAAAAUGUAAGAAACUCAGUUACUAUUAAUGAUAAACCAUCUGCUCAUUAUAAAUGUGAGGCUUAACAAAUAAGUAAGACAUGCUAUAUUUAUUCAUUGUGAGCAGAUUACUGAAUGCCUACUCUAUUUUCUGCAGUUUAUUAUACAGCAACUCUUUGAGUAAGUUGAAGUUUAAUUGUGCGACAAAUUUGCAUUAGAAUAUACCACUUUAAGUGUUUUUCUCUAUAGCCUUUUUGACUGGGGAGUCAGGGCAAUGUUGAAUAGUACAUUUUGUCCCUGUACUAGCUAUGUUUCUAUAAGAUAUGGUGCCCUACGGAUCCCAGAGAGCUAAAAAUCUUUGUCCUUUGCUCCUAUUUGUGGGUUCUGUUUUUGUGGGGUUUUUCUGAGAAAAUGUGUACAAUAAAAUAUUCCUUGCUUGUUA